CUCUUUUAUUUUACAUUUUUGCAAGACGGAAAAGUAAAAUACGGCCCUGCUCAAUUUUAGCGUCCACCUGCUUCUGUUUACAUCAGGCGUAAAUUAAAUUUGAAUAGACAGACAGUUUAAGCAAACAUACGCUAACCAUCCGCUAACGUUACCUUAGCGAUAUACUGUAAUCUACUCCUUUGUAUGGCCAAGCUUCACUACAGGUAUCGAUAAACAAUCCGUGAACCUGCUUAGUCGGGCCGCUGCUCUGAUUUUGAUAGUUUAAGAACAUUAUUUUCUUAUUAGUUUUUGCAACGAGAGUGGAUAUGAUGGCCAUAUCGCUGGAUGCUCAAUCGGCUGAGUACAAUACGAAAAUCCACUCUACUUGUAUAAUAUAUUUUUUCUACGACACAAUAACUAAAAAUUUACAUUUAAAAAAUAAUUUAGAGGUUAUCAAGAAAAAAUAACUAUUUUUUCUACGACCACUUAGGAAAAUGAAACAUGUUGCAUUAUUUAAUCUUUAGAGAAGUGCUCUAUACCACACGCGUGUGGAUAAAAAUAUACUUUCCGUCCGUAUAUGAAUAUGAAUCUACUAUCCGCACACCACUUUUACAUUUUUUGAUGAAAUUAUUUUUUAGUCGUAGGAAAAAUAUUAUACUUCACUUUUGUAAAAGUGUUUCCUACUCGUGUGAAAAAUGUCACUUUACACACUCAAAAAAAUAAUUAACACAAGACUUUUAAAUUAAGAAUUUUACUAAUAAAUCUAAAAAAGUCUUGGACUCUUAUUCAAACAUUUUAAAAAUAAUAGUAGUCAUUAAAUAUGAACCGUUUAUAUCCGUAGAGUGCCCUUGCUGAAAUGAAUAAGAAAUUAUAUCUGUUAAAUAGACUGAUGGGGUACUUAUUCGUUCUGUAGUAUGUUCAUAGAAUAGAUAAUAUGCAUGUAGGUGUAAAAAAUUAAAAUUAUGGUUGCAGUUAUAUUUUCAAUCUAAGCUUUGUCAUUUUAAUUCAAGUUCGUAACGACAGAAUUAACACCAACUUUCAUUCAUAGGUAACCACGUUAUUUAACAACAACUGAUCAUAUUCGUACAGUAGCUUUGUUCGUAGCAGAAAAUCUCAAUAUGUCACCAGUUUUUAUACCUAUGAACCAGCUACCUUUCGUUGCUCCGUAAUAUAUUUUUGAAUGCAACCAGAAUACUCGAUUGGAUCGAUCGACUUCCACAUGUGUGUUGUGUUUUGUUUGUGCUCCAAUAAAAUUUGAAGUUUGUGCAGGUAAAACCUUACCGUUUUAAAUGAAUUUUAUAUGGACAUGUUCCUUGAACAUUCUAGUUUGCGAUAAACAAUACAUUGGUGUUUUACGAAAAUAUUACAUAUUUAAAUUCCCAUUGAGGAAGUGAACAAGUUUUUUUACUUCUUUCUCUACCAAAAAAAUCUUGAUAUAAAAAACAUAAACUGAUAAAUUUUAAUAAACUCGAAUAUUCCAGUGGCGUGCCGGUUACAUUGAAUAACAUGAAACAAUCAAUUCAAGAUGAGUGCUGUUGAAUGUAUUCAGUGUAAGAAAAAAGGUAGCGUUAAGGACAAAAUAUCGGUUUUCCCGUGCGAUUCUUGUCAAACUUACUACUGCGGAGAGUGUUCAGAACUAACAAGUUCAGAAAUAAAAUGCAUGCCGUUACAAAGACGUACUUUAAAAUAUUUUUGUACCAAGUGUAGAGAAAAUGAUUUAUCUCAUUGUCUCAAAAUUACAAUACGGGAUAAAAAAACAAUAAUUGAUUACGAGGAAACCAUAAUAAAACUGCUUUAAGAAAAGCUUCAGCAACUGGAAACGAGAAAUACGUACGCAAAUGUUAUCGCAAUGAGCUCCGCUACAAUAGUAAAACAAGCCCCAAAAAAUACUCCAGCUAUUAUCAUCAAACCUUCACGUCCUCAAAAUGCCGAGAUAAACAAAAAAGAGAUUCAGACUAAAAUAAACCCCAAAGAAAUAAAUAUAUCUAUAAACACAAUCAAAACAAAUAAUAAUGGAUAUCUGGUAAUUAAAUGUAACACAGAAGAAGAGGCAAAAAAAUUGGUUGAUGAAGCACUGAAACAAAUCUCAGCUGAUAAAUACAGUAUUACAUUAUCGCAAAUGAAAAAGCCUAGAAUUAAGAUCAUUACAACAACUAUGAAUAACUUGAGUUUAGAAGACGUCAAAGAAUACUUAAUAGAACAAAAUACCUUUAUUAAACCUGAUGAUAAUUUAAAAGUAACAUCUCGAAAUGGAAAAAAUAUAUUUGCUGAAUGUUCGGGGGACCUGUUCGGAAGAUUUAUGUCUAUAAAGAAAGUCUACAUUUCAUGGGAAAGGUAUACGAAGAUACAAAAAUUCCUAGAUGUAAAAAAUGCUACGCAUAUGAUCAAAAAGAUAUUUACUGUAGAAACAAAAUUUCUUGCAUAUACUGUAAUGAGGAUCAUAAUAUAA